UAGUAGUGGUAGUGAAAAUACAGAAAGUUGAAUAUUCUAGCUGUCACUAGCAGGUAAAACGUCAUAAUGACCAGCCAGAAGGCUUAGUAAAAAUAAAAGAGAUAUUUUAUAAAAGUUAAGUGGUUUCGAUAAACAUCUUGAAUAAUAAAAUGGCUCAGAUGGAUUCUCUCUUUUGUUGCGUACGGAAUAUUAAAAACCAAACAACUGUAAACAAUUAUUUUACGCGGGAUUCGUAAAGUAAUUGGUUAAAAAACAAGGAUCCAAAUAUCAUGCAUUAAACCCUAAGCUGAAACCUUAGUAAAUUAUUUAAUUCUAAUAAUAAUCCCAGUGUAAUUAUAUUAAUACUGACUUUAUAUUUUUAAAACAAUAACAAGAUGAAUAGUCAAUUACUUAGUUUUUAUUUUGUGACCUUCAAUGUUGCUACCAAGUUUCCUGAGCAAGAUGCUGCUCAGAUGUUGGGCAUUCAUCACAAGAAGUCGGACCCAUCACCUGAUUUCUACGUCAUCGGACUUCAGGAGAUCAAGUCCCAGCCGCAGAACGUGCUGCUGGAUAUGAUUUUCGAAGACCCAUGGACCAAAAGCUUCAAAGACAUCCUUAAGGAAUAUGACUACGUAAAAAUACGUACCCAGCGGCUUCAAGGAAUGGUACUUAAUGUAUUUUGCCUGAGAAAGCAUUUGACUCACUUGAGGUUGAUUGAAGCGCGUUAUACCAAGACUGGCUUUGGUGGGAUGUGGGGAAACAAAGGAGCUGUUAGUGUACGAUUGAAUAUUUAUGGAGUUAAUAUUUGUAUUAUCAAUACACAUCUAACUCCCCAUGAUCAUUUAAUGAAUGAUAGGAUAGCUGACUAUAAUACAAUACUUAGAGAACAUGCUUUCGAGGUACCUGAAACGAAACAUAUCUUAUUCCAUGACUACGUAUUUUGGAUCGGUGAUCUAAAUUUCCGUCUUCACGGUGAAGACUUGAACGCAAGUACAAUAGACUCGUUAGCUAAAAAACAAGAUCUAGAUGUUUUGCUAGCGAGGGACCAGUUGAAAAUGGUGAUGGAGAAUGGAGACGCUUUUGCAGAACUCCUUGAAAGUCCUAUUACAUUCCCGCCUACUUACAAAUUUGAAUUUUCAUCUCAAGAUUACGAUCUUAAACGGCGACCCGCUUGGACUGACAGAAUUUUGUACAAAGUUAAUAGCGAUGUUUAUGAAGAUAUUAAAUUAGCAGCCACUCAAUCUAGUUAUAAAAGUCAUCCUGAUUACGUAGUAUCUGAUCAUAAACCUGUGACGGCAGAGUUUGAAAUUGUGGUGAGACCAAAUUUCCAAGACCAUGGAGUAGAUUUCCAAUCUUUGAGCCAAUGGUUCAUCGAUGAAGAAAAUUCAGUAUCUUAUACACUAAUUGGAGACUUUAAACCAACAAGCGGAGAUUGGGUAGGACUUUUUCAUCAGGGAUUUUCUAGCAUAGAUGAAUAUAUUCAAUAUGAAUACGUAACUCGAGGAAGACCAUCUACUACGUCAGAACCUUGUGCAAUAAAUGACCGAAUUUACUUUAGCGAUACAGCAUUGAGGAUGCCUGGAAUGUAUUGUCUGGUAUAUGUUGCUCAACGUGGUGAUAUUGUCAGCAUUCUGGGUAUCAGUCCGGCAUUCCCGUGUCACCGAAGGCCAGGCAGUACUCAGAACUCGAUCUAGUUAAUUGAUUAAUCACGUAAAAUCUUGCGAUAUUAAACUCCACUUGUGUUAACUUGAGUUCAAUAAACCAGUGAAUUUUUUUAUAGUAUUUUUUGCAUAG